AUGCCCCUCCGUCUCGCACCAAUCCGCCAAGCGUCGAAGAAGCUCGCCACAAAGCUCAAGCCCAUUUGGCUGGGCAAGGGGAUGCGCUCCAUCGGUCGAGGUGUCUCUCGUAUUCCGCUCAAACCCGUUGCCGCCGCUGUUCAGGCCACCGGGGACGUUGGAUCCGCUGUACCCUUCCUACAGGGAAUAUCAUCUGUUGUCGCGACCAUUCUGCAACGCGCCGAGACGGUGAAGCAGAACCGCAAGGAGUGCAAGGAGCUGGCUAACUUGGCCAUGAGCGUCGAGUCUGCUGUGAGAGGGGUCAUCGAGGAUGUGCCUGAGGAUGAGCUGGACGAGAAGAUGAAGAAACAUAUCGCCGAACUCGAGAAGGACAUGAACGGGAUCGUUGAGACCAUGACGCGCCUGAAGAGCAAACCGGUCUGGCGCCGGUUCUUGCGCAAGGACAAGCAUAGCGACGCUCUGGUAGAACACAGACAACGCUUGAAGCACGGGCUGAACAUGUUCGUGGUAAAGGAGGUCAUCGCGGGCAGGCACGCGCAAUGGCAGGCGUCUAAGACGCCCCACAAGAGCAUGUAG